CCAUGAAUAAUCGCUCACAUCUAUCCCUCGGCCCAACUGAGAGCAGCAAACUACGACAUGUGUGCAUUUUGUGCGCGGUUUAAAAUGAGCCGCUGUUUUAUUCUCCCGGUACUUACCUGAAUAUAAAUGUGUGGCAGGAGUCGCGUCUGUCGUUUUUCAGCCGUCAACAGAAGAAAAGUUACGCUGUCACUUCAGUAGCUUGUUCGCUAGCUGUAGCGCAAUGCUAAUGUGGUGCUAACGGCUAACCACUGGGCUUCACAGUGAGACUUGUUUCUGAGGCGUCGCCGCAAUUCGUAAACGCAUCCAUAAGAUAUCAGUUUACGUGAGACUGAGCGUGUGUUUCUGCUAUUAUAACUGUUUUCGUUUAAUUUGAGGGUUAAAUGGCGUUGAUAAUGAAGUUCACAUGUUAGUUGUGAGUGUUGACAGUCCACAGUGUCGCUUCCCACCUGAUACGGUUCGCUACCUGUGUGUGUGUGUGUGUGUGUGUGUAUCCUGCUAGCCACGUAAACUGCUCCUGCUCGGUGUGGACGUAGCAGGGGCAGCUAGCUCGCCUGUCCUGUCAAGCCAGUCCCAUUUUAUAUGAAUUAGGGGAACCAAGUGAUUGUCAGUCUGCUUGAUAAACAACAAUACAAACCAGAGGACCGAACUCCGCCUAUAGGACGUGAACAAUUGUGAAUCAAAAUGCUAUAGCUGGACUUGAACGUGUUGGUUUCCUGGUCCUGUUGCAUUGAGCGGAUGAUGAAGCGGGUCAUCUGGCUGAUAUCAGGAUUAAACAGAAGAAUGAUGAAGCUACUUUUUGCCCUCGCUUUGAUCGCCUACAUUGCCUCUGUCUGGGCAACACAUACGAACAUGAGAUCAAUACAAGAACAUGGAGAGAUGAUCGAGCAGAGAAUUGAUGAAGCUGUGGGUCCUCUUAGAGAGAAGAUUCGUGAUCUGGAACAAAGUUUUUCUCAGAAAUACCCACCUGUGAAAUUCCUGUCAGAAAAGGAUCGGAAGAGAAUUUUGAUUACUGGUGGGGCUGGUUUUGUGGGUUCCCACCUUACUGACAAGCUGAUGAUGGACGGCCAUGAGGUGACUGUGGUGGACAACUUCUUCACAGGAAGGAAAAGAAAUGUGGAGCACUGGAUUGGCCACGAAAACUUUGAGCUGAUCAAUCAUGAUGUGGUGGAGCCUCUGUAUAUUGAGGUGGAUCAGAUCUAUCACCUGGCAUCGCCGGCCUCUCCUCCCAACUACAUGUACAAUCCCAUCAAAACACUCAAGACCAACACUAUUGGCACUCUUAACAUGCUUGGUCUGGCCAAACGUGUGGGCGCCAGACUUCUCCUGGCUUCUACUUCCGAGGUUUAUGGAGAUCCAGAGGUGCACCCACAAAAUGAGGAGUACUGGGGGCACGUGAACCCAAUUGGUCCUCGAGCAUGCUACGAUGAGGGGAAACGUGUAGCAGAGACUAUGUGUUAUGCCUACAUGAAACAGGAAGGAGUAGAGGUGAGGGUGGCAAGGAUCUUCAACACAUUUGGUUCCCGAAUGCACAUGAAUGAUGGACGGGUUGUCAGUAACUUCAUCCUGCAGGCUCUACAGGGAGAACCUCUAACUGUGUAUGGUAGUGGUUCCCAAACAAGAGCCUUUCAGUAUGUAAGCGAUCUGGUGAAUGGCCUUGUGUUGUUGAUGAACAGCAACAUCAGCAGUCCAGUCAAUCUGGGGAACCCAGAGGAACACACCAUAUUGGAGUUCGCUCAACUCAUCAAAAGUCUCGUCGUGAGCCGAAGUCAGAUCCAGUUCCUUCCAGAGGCACAGGAUGACCCACAGAGGAGAAGACCCGACAUCCGGAAAGCCAAGAUGAUGCUUGGCUGGGAGCCGGUGGUGCCCCUGGAGGAAGGCUUGAACAAAACUAUCCAAUACUUCAGCAGGGAACUAGAGCACCAGGCCAACAACCAGUACAUCCCAAAACCUAAAGCCGCCCGCAUGAAGAAAGGAAGACCCAGACACAACUGAAGUGUGGUUGACCACCACAGACUCAAAACACAGAAGGAUGUUAAGACUCCUCCGAGGACCCUUGAAGACUCAUUCUCUCUGAAAUACACUGUUUGAGUAGGGCACUCUGGGAUAUGGUGUCUUUUUUUGAGAAGCAGAGAAAAACGUUCUCUUUAAAAAAAAAAAAAGGACAGUGUUGCUUUGCAUUGGAGUUGCAGCUGCACUGCGGGGUAAGGGCUUCCUCGCUGAAGCUUGAAUGGACAAGCCUGAAUCAAAAACAGAAAUUUGAGGCAAGAAAUCUUUGAAACCCAGCCUGCCUUUUUUUGUUUUGGCGAAUUUGUGCUUUUGCUAUUUAAACGGCAGACAUGACAGUCUGGCAAACGGCUCGUACUGUGCAUCAGUGCUUCGUGUUUAUUUUAUCAGUUUCAUGGUGUUUUGUCUCCGGAGGUGAGCUACCUGACUUUGUUUUUCCACUGGAUGUUUUGUCCUCUUACUCAGUGGUGUGCCAGCAACCUGUUGGCUGUUCAUGCAGAGCACUGCAGGACUGGCAAAUCUUCUAGAAAGACUGUUACAGCAUCACUACUCGUUUAUCAUUGUGUUCUACUUUGUGAAAUCUCAUGUCAGGAUGUCCAUUAUCAAUUUCAAAUGAAGAUGUUAUUUUAAUAAAAUAUUUCCAAUA